GAUCUACAUAAAGGCCCACGAACAACCAUGCGAGAUGCACCCUCUGCUUCCUAGCGAUGAUAAUAUUGCCAUCAUCUACAGCGCCACAAAGGGGCUGUGUGGUACCAGAAAACUAAUGGUCGACCUGUACGUGUGGAAGGUAGCCGGUCAGUGGGUGAAAAAUCACAUCAAUGGGUACCUGCCGUACUCAACAGAGUUCUUUUCUGACCUCGCCGUUGCAUUUUUAGAUCAGCGAAAAGAUCGCUCGAAGACAGUGAAUAUGGAGAAGGAGGUGUCGGAGUACUACGACAGUACUAGAGAGCGUCCUAUCCGAGGCACGUCCCCUCCACAAACACCAGGCUCGUUCCCCCACUCGCCGUCAAAGGCAAACAAUGAAAGCUUUGGCAACGAUAUGCUUACCAUCCACGUCAGCGCCGGCGACCAGCGACAGACCUUCACUACGUACAAGAGCAUCCUCGUUGAAAGGUCAAUUUACUUCGCAGAGCUCACCACCUCAAACCCCGAAACAAAGACCAUUGAGCCUCCCACAGACGAUCCUCGCAUCUUUAACCUCUGCUUCCAGCUCAUCUGCUUUUGGCGUAUCCCCAGCAGAAAGGACAAGCACGUUGGAGGCGAGACCUAUCUGAAGGAGUACACGCUGCUUUGCAAGCUGUACCUCCUUUCCCACAAGGUCCACGACAGGAACGCGAAGAAUGCUACUCUGAACGCAAUCCGGGCCAAGUGCGAGUGA